UAGCGGAUUACAGGAGUCGUGGCUGCUAAUCGUUGACAGUAGCAGCAACAGUUAUCAGUUCUGAUAACAAAUUGUCGUUUGUUCGUUACUGUCCAUAAUACAAUAGAACUUCUCAUCGUGCCGCUUGAGAACACAGCUCACAUUAUGUGAUGUCUUCAGCAGGAAAUUAACGAAAAACGUGAAGACAUCUUUUUGUGACCAAACACGUCGUCAAAUUCGCGAACCUCUGUGACUUGUAUAGCCCGUUAUUAGCAAAACACACAGUAUCAUUCUUUAUCGCAACACACUUAUGCUGCAUCCAUUGUUCCAUACCCAUCCGUGAAUUAAAAUGGCUGAAUAUGCUGAGUAUCAACAACAUAACAUGGAUAACAUAUUGCACAAAAACUGUGGUGUUGACUUAUUCCCACGUCCCUGUCACAACCCAACUAAGAAAAAUACACAAGCCGAAGCUUUGUCAAAACUAAAAAAGUUGCUCAUGACUCAUGGAUUUGCCUUUUUAGCUGAAAAAGACAAAGAAGCAUUUAUAACCAUGUUCUUAUAUGCACGAAAAAUGAAUGAAAAUCAAGCAUUAAUUUUGAUACAAAAUUAUUAUCAAUUCAGAAAGGAACACAAUUUAUGGUUUUGUCGGUUGGAACCUUAUGAUCCAAAAAUACAAAUGGCUAUUCAAGAUGGUUUCCCUUCUGUAUUGCCAAAUUUGGAUCGUCGGAGCCGUCGUGUUCUUUUUAUGGUUUGCUCUCAAUGGAAUACUGAACGUUAUUGUUUAUUAACUAUAUACCGUGCAUUACUAGUAUCUCUGGAACAUUUGAUCAAAGAAGUAAAUAAUCAGUAUAAUGGUUUUGUAUUCAUUGUUGAUUGGACCAACUUCACUGCUCGUCAGGCAAUGAAUAUCAGUCCGAGAUUGUUACAUGUAAUGCUUCAAGGGUUGCAAGACUGUUUUCCAGCAAAAAUAAAAGCUGUUCAUUUUAUUAACCAACCAUGGUAUAUUGAUGGUCUCAUGUCUGUUAUUAAACCAUUUUUAAAAGAAAAAACAAAAAAUAAGAUAAUUAUGCAUGGUCUGAAUUUGAACACACUACAUGAAUACUUUCCAAAAGAUAUUCUACCUUCAGAACUAGGUGGUGAACAGCCUCCAUAUGAUUCAAGAAUCUGGCUGAAGAGUCUUUUGGGAUCUUCAUUGGGAGUUGAUUUAUAGGUAUUAUUAUUUUUUAUUCAACUACAAAUUGCUGCACAUUUAUAUUAUUUUUUAAUGAAAGAAUU